CCGUCAUCACUUCCACUCACCAGUCACCACCGCCUUCCUCAUUUUUCACAGAUCUCAAAUUCUUCAUCAAAAAAUCAAAACCCCCCACUCACAUUUCACUUUUACAGCAGUAAAUUUUUCUAAAAAAAACCACCUGAAACAAACAACUAAAUGAAAUCUCUAAUUUUCAUUUUCAUUUUUAUCUUCAUUCAACAUUCCAAUGCGUGUGUCUUCACUUUAAAGAUGCACCACCGUUUCUCCGAACCAGUCAAACGGUGGUCCGAAAAGUUCACCGCCGAUGAUUUUCCGGCCAAAGGUACCGUCGAAUACUAUUCUCAGUUGGCCGAUCAUGACAAGAUUUUCCGUCGCCGGAGACUCUCCGAUUCCGGCGAAGAUCGCCUUACUUUCUCCGACGGAAAUUCCAGUUUCCGUAUCAGCUCUUUAGGAUUUUUACAUUACACGACGGUUUCGUUGGGGACUCCUGGGCAGAAGUUUAUGGUGGCACUUGAUACAGGGAGUGAUCUAUUUUGGGUGCCAUGUGAUUGCACUAGAUGCGCCUCCAUUGAUAACACAGCUUAUGACUCUGAUUUUAAGCUGAGCAUAUACAGUCCUACGGGAUCCUCAACAAGCAAAAAGAUUACGUGCAACCAUAGUAUGUGCACUCAACGCCAGGAAUGUAUAGAAAGCGAAACUUCUGACACUUGCCCCUACUCUGUUUCUUAUGUCUCACCUCAAACUUCAACAUCUGGGAUUCUAGUGGAGGAUCUUUUACACUUGGAAACAGAAGAUAGCGAUGGUGAAGUCAUUGAUGCAUUCGUCACUUUUGGAUGUGGGCAGGUGCAAAGUGGUACGUUUCUAGAUAUUGCUGCUCCAAAUGGUCUAUUUGGGCUGGGUUUGGAGAAAAUAUCAGUUCCUAGCAUUUUAUCAAGAGAAGGCUACACUGCUGAUUCAUUCUCUAUGUGUUUUGGACAUGAUGGAACUGGUAGGAUCAGUUUUGGUGAUAAAGGAAACCUUGGUCAGGAAGUGACCCCAUUUAAUUUAGAUUCGCUACAUCCAACCUAUAAUAUUACAGUGACACAAAUUCGUGUUGGAUCCUCUUUUAUUGACUCGUCUUUCACGGCUCUUUUUGAUUCGGGUACCUCUUUCACCUAUCUGACUGAACCGCAUUAUACAAGGCUGACACAGAAGUUCCAUGCACAAACAAAAGAUUCACGACAUCCCACUGAUCAUAGGAUACCUUUUGCAUAUUGUUAUGAUAUGAGUCCUGAUGCCAAUACUAGUCUGAUCCCAAGUAUAAGCUUCACAAUGAAAGGGGAUGGUCAGUUUUUUAUCUAUGAUCCUGUGAUUGUAAUCUCCUCAAAUCAUGAACUUGUAUACUGUUUGGCUGUCAUCAGAAGUACAGAAAUGAACAUUAUCGGUCAGAACUUCAUGACUGGCUACCGGAUUGUAUUUGAUAGAGAAGAGCUUGUUCUUGGCUGGACAAAGUCUGAUUGUUAUGACAUUGAUAAUUCAACAGAUUCGAGUUCAAAACCAUUGAACCCGAACAAGGUCCCUCCUGCGGUUGCAGCCGGGCUAGAAGGCCAUCACCAUGAACAGACGAGAAAUACAGAUGGGACUUCAGAUGGUUAUAGUAAAGGUAUCAUCUGUAAUUGGACUCAAACAUGGCUGUGGUAUGGUUUUAUGUUGUAUUUGUAUAGUUUUUGCUCAGUUGGUUUUUAGAGUUGUAAAAGCUGGGCCCAAUAGGAAAUUAUUCUUUGUACCAUAUCAUUGUGAAUGUGAUUCAUGAUUCUUAAAUAACAAAUAGUGUAAAUAGAUUAAUACAUUACGUUCUAGUAAA